CCCCCACGAAAUAGACUUCAAGUCCUGGACACAGGCGAAGAUGGAACGGGAAAUAACUGGGAAGCUAUAUCGAAGUAUGGAAGGGGAUGCACCAAAGUACGGUGGAGGAUCGGAGUUUCGCCAGGAGGAGAAGGCAGAGGCGAGAAGGAAAAGGUUGGGAAUACGCUUGAAGCAGUACCGUCAAGAGGACCAGCCUUGGAUUUUGACGGUUUCUGGCAAGAAGGAGAAAAAGUACAAGGGAAGUCGAGCAGGCGGUGUGUCCGAAAACUCUUCGUGGUACAUCUUCAUGCAGGGUAAAGAUGGGGCAUUUGUGGCCUACCCAGUCGAGGAGUGGUACUGUUACAGGCCUAUCCAGCAUUACAAAUCUCUGACUGAAGAGGAAGCUGAGAAGCAUUUUGAGAGGCGUUCAAAAAUCAUGAACUACUUUUCUCUCAUGAAGAAAGAGACCGCCACUCCUGACGGCGAGGAUGAUCCUGCCAUGCACAAGAACAGGAGUUUCUUAGGAAACCGCCUGGUUCUGUCAGAAAUAGAUGACUGGAUGUCUGAAUCAGAAUCGGGAGAUGAGGAGGCUGAAGAGGAGAAUCGUGAGGAAGAAGGGGACAAGAAGAAUAAGAAGUACAAAGUGCAAUCCAGAGGCAGGAAGCAACAAGAAAGACGUCGAGACUGUGACGAGGAAGAUCGUAGGGCUAAGCAAGAGGCUGCAACUAGAUCUUGA